CUGGAGGAAGAGGAAAACAGCCAGCCAGUUAUUUGACUGACAGUCAGCAUUAGUGUAUGGGGACAUAUGAGUCUCAGGUAGUUAUUGAAAAAAAGAGAAUGAAUUACCUGGUUAAAUAGGCGAUUAAUAAACAGGAGGAAAACAUGGAGGAAGGCAACACAGAGGAGGACAUUGAGUCCCUCAUUGAUAGCAUGAAGUACAUCCCAGGUCACUUCCACCUGGACCUCAACCUGAACCAUGAGCCCAGUGGACCGGGGGAGCUGCGGAGGAGGGACACCCAGCUAAAGGUGGACUCUCUUGGGGCUGAGCUGGAGGCUGAAGCUGGGUAUUGUAACAUUAUCUUAUGGUUAUAAGAAUGGAGUUUGGGAUGUCUGAUAUUGUUAAUUGAACUUUACUGAAAUCAUGGGUGUGCAUACAGGUAACUGCCAAAAUAAAGGAAACACCAACAUGAAGUGUCUUAAUAGGGCGUUGGGCAACCAUGAGCUAGAAUAGCUUCAAUGCACCUUGGCAUAGAUUUUACAAGUGUCUGGAACUCUAUUGGAGGGAUGCGGCACCAUUCUUCCACAAUACAUUUCAUUAUUUGGUGUUUUGUUGAUGGUGGUGGAAAAACGCUGUCUCAAGCGCCGCUCCAGAAUCUCCCAUAAGUGUUCAAUUAGGUUGAGCUCUGGUGACUGAGACGGCCAUGGCAUAUGGUUUACAUCAUUUUCAUGCUCAUUAAAACUAUUAAUUGACCAUUUGUAGUGUGGAUGGGGGCAUUGUCAUCCUAUGGGGGCAUUGUCAUCCUAUGGGGGCGUAGCCAAAAUAAUGGCCUGCUCAGAAUUUUUAUACAUGACCCUAAGCAUCAUGUGAUGUUAAUUGCUUAAUUAACUCAGGAACCACACCUGUGUGGAAGCACCUGCUUUCAAUAUACUUUGUAUCCCUAAUUUAACUCAAGCGUUUCCAUUAUUUUGGCAGUUACAUUGUUGCUCACUAGCUAGGUAGCUCAAAUGGUGCUGGAGUAAAACAUGGAACUGGAAUUCUAAUUUCCCUUUAGCUGGUACUAUGAAUAAUACAUGGCCUGGACUCUUUUUUUCAAAACAUUACAGGUACCUCCAGUAUGGUGUCCGUAACCUCCUGGGUCUCCUGGCCUUCCAUCUGGACCAGCUGGAGCAGGCCGAGGAGACCUUCAUGAGCAUCUGUAAAGAAGACCCGGGGAACCUGAACGCUUGGGCCAACCUUGGCUACGUGUACGACCACCUCCAGAGGGAGCUGGAUGCAGGGGAGUGUGUGGAGAAGGUGUCCCAGCUCAUGGGUCUGGAGGCUGGGCAGGCAGGUCAGGCGGAGUCCAGGCUUUCUGCGGCCCGGUGCCUGGCAGAGCAGGCCUAUGCUCAUCCUUAUGACAUAGAGCUGGACAGAGAAGAGGACCAGAGGGAAAAACUGACCGCUUCUCUGACCCUGUACAACAGAGCUCUGGACUACGGGGGACAGCUGGUGAGAUCUCAUGUUAGAUUAUUUACAAAUAAUGUAAUUUCACAUCUACAGUAAUAUAUUGAUUUUGUAAAGGUUAAUGUUGCUUUUUUUUUUUUAGAUACCUACAGAAGAAAAGAGAAGCUGGUAUUUCAAAAUGGCAACAAUCUAUAUAAGGUCUUGAAUGUUUCAAAUCUUUUCAUAGAAAAUAAAUUGGAAAAUAAUAUCACCAAGCUCAUGUGUAAGAACAAUGUAAAGCAAAUUGAUAUUUUAUUGUAGACUACAUGAUAUUGUAAAGAACAAGGCGGACUCUGAGUACUCCAGACUGUCUCACUACAACAAGGGACUGAAGCUGUUCACAGAGACCCUGAAGUCAGAGAAAACACAUCACAAAGGUACACAUGAAGGAAGAAAGGAAGGGGAAAAAUUAACAAAUUAUUAUUGCUCUCUCUCUCCAUCUGAACCCACAAGAUCAGUGCUGUGUCUUACUGUCCUACAUGUAUUGAUGAAUCAUUCAGUAUGUUUCUACCUGACCCCCUCUCCUACACAGCACUAUCCUGGUGCUACAUAGGCAUCAUGUUAGAGAGGAAAGAAGAAUUCUCCACUGUGCCCAUGUCUGUACACGACUGUGGCUACUCCGAUUCUGACCCCCUGUCCUGCUUCGGAACUGUAUGUACAACACUCACAGAAAAGUGGGACUUACCAACUUUGAGUGCUGAACCGCACUAGAACAAGCAGUAAAGCCAUAGCAAAGCCCUAGGGACUUUUCUCUUGCUUUUACUCUCUGACUGCUUAUUGGCAUCUUAUCCUUAACAGCUGUCAGAGGCAUCCAGAUGACACAGUGUAUCAUGAACUUUUGCAUAACGAUUAGCUGACAUGUCUGCUUCCUUAUCACCUACUGUAUAAAGGGCUAUAAACUUGGCGCCAGCUCAAGAAGAGUUAUAGUCUACUACCGUAUCUGCCCUCAGUUCGUCUGCGGGUUGAAAACUUCUCGUAAGCCUUUAUGCAGGGUGAUAGGUUGUUCUGCACCUGUCAGAGCAUAGCCCUCUCAUUUUUCAGGUUACUGUAAAACAGAAUGUAAUAUUGACUGUCCCCUGCAGGCCAUAAAACUAGCUGCAGACGAUGCGUUCAUCCUGAACUGGCUGGCCAAGGUGUUCUAUCUGCUGGGGAAACAUGAGAUGUCUACAGGGAUCUGUAACAUGGCCCUCAAUGUGCUGCCUGACCCUGAACUCAACUGGCAGGCCUAUUGCACCCGUGCCAAGGUACACUACAGUAACCCUAACACGUCUAAACACAAUGUUCAACUCAAUUUAACACUCAACACUAUUGUAAUAUCAAAUGUCACUUCAAUAAUGUUAAUACUAAACCAAAUAGUAAAUCUAAACACUGGCAGGGAUGGACUUACAUGACAAUCACAGAAUACACACAACAUUUACAUAAAUGGACAUGGUUUUAUUCUCAGAUCAAUGUGAUGGCCUACGUGAGGGAUCUUGAGAGUGCUAAACAGGGACAGGGUGGGCUCCCUGACAGACGUCGCCUGACUGAGGCCAAGGCAGACCUGGAGAGGGUGCUGAGUGUUCGCCCCUGUCUACGCACACACCUGGAGAUGGGACAGGUGAGUGGGGAUGGGUGUUACUCUCUCUGCUGUUUGACAAGACACUGCAAGCACUUUGACAGCAGUCACAUCGGGGAUGUGGAAAUAAGGCCUGUGCGUGUGAGUGAAAGAUCAACAGUUACUUGGCAAGAAAAACAGAAUAUCUAGUGAUAUUCAUACAGUAAUGUGUCACUACAGGUUUAUCACAACACAUUAUAAUACAUUGUGUCACUUACCAGGUGUAUUACUACAUGGGUGUGGAUGCCCUUCAGGAGAGCCUGCUUGUGGAUGAAGGGGCGUUGAACAGAGCCCUGGUGUCCCUCUCUCAGGCCCUGCAGUGUGACCUGGGUGACAGCCUCCCGGACCUCCACCUCCUCCGGGGGCGCUGUCUGCUGCUGAAGGGCGAGGAGCAGAAUGCAGCCGACUGCUUCAAGAGGGCCCUGAAUCUGGAGCGGCCUGGCAGCAGGGACACCACGGCUCUACGCUGCCUCCUGGAGGCCCUGCUGGGGCUGUUCACCCAGAGUGGCCCCGACCCCGACACAGCCAUCACCCAGCUGGAGGUGUGGGUGCGGAGGGCCCAGGAGAGGUACCCGGAGGACGCGGUGAAGGCUGAGCUGAGAAGCCUGUGCAGGGCACACAACGGGGAGGUGACGGAGCUCUCCAGGGCUCUGAUCAGCAGGGGCAGGCUAGAGCUGGUCAGGAGGCUUCUGGAGACUGUGCAGCCCAACCGACCAGCCAGGAAGAGACCACUUGCCAAGUCUAUGUCCAUGUGAGGGGUGUCUGAUGUCGAUGGAGAACUACGAAAGAUCAAGUGCUGAUUGAACUGCCAGGUUAUUUUUCUUUACAGUGUUCCCAGUAUGAUAGGAAGAAGUACUUCCAAUGAAGAGCUUGCCUUGUGUCAAAAGACUUUGUACUAAUCAUGCCAUGUUCUAAAGUGAAAUGGUAAAAUACAUCUGUGCACAACUGCUUUUUUGGAACCCCUGUUUCUGCCUAUUUUGUCUUGCUUGAAUCAACCCACAAACUGAAUGUGCAUCAGUCAUCCAAGGAGUUUAUAUAAGACACAAAUAAACUGCUGAUUACAUCUGAGACAUUCAGGAAGCAAUGAGGACACACCUAACAUUUGAAUGAUGAACCAAACCUUCCCAACAAUGGUGAUAAUUCUAAAUCAGUGUUUCCAAAACACAGUCCUCGGCACGUUUUUGCCCUAGCACUACACAG